AUGUCAGCGGAGUAUGUUUUCACUUUACCACAACGAGAUAAUGUGGAUAAUGAAGAAGAUGAUUGGGAUAGAUAUUCAGAAAAUAUUCGACCAACGAGAAGAGGAAGAAAAAUUGAUGUAUUGAAAAAGAAAGCGACUGAAACAGUGACAGAAGUAGAAGCUCGUGAAAAAUUGGAUGAAUUGUUGAAAGACUUGGAAAGUGUUGAAGAUGAACAACAUAUUGAUAAAAUUCUGACAUUUUGUCAAUGGUUUGAGACAAGUUUACCAAUUGGAAGUCAUAAAUUAUAUUAUGAAUUUCUUUGGAAAAUUAUAAUUCGCGAUGGAUUUUUGGAUAAAUUUGGAAACAGCGGCAAAAUGUUGAAGAUUUGGGAGAAAAUGGCGGAUAAUAGCGCAGGACAUGCCCAUGAUAUUUAUCAAUUUGCAAUUAGCCGCAAAUCAUUGUUGACGUAAGUUUUCCCUUUGUUUUGGUUUCAAAAAUAAUGAGGUACUUUCAGAUCAGCUGCAUUAUAUGUUAGAUGGUCCCAACAUGUUGAAUUAGCUGGUGCACCAGUUGAAGCGAGAAGAGUAUUGAUUUUGGCGAAAACAAAUUGCGCAGUUCCAAUUGAAGCGAUAAACGAUGCUGAAGAUCAAUUAGAAAUGCGAGAAAUGCGAAGAUUAUUGAAUGAAAAAAGUUCGGAUGAAGAAAGCGACGAAGAAUUUGAAGAGCAAAGACAAGCUUUCACAAAUUUAGCAGUUCUCGAUGAAAAACAUACAGUUCCAAUUGUUAGAAUACCUUCAAUUGCAGCAGAUCCAACAAAAAAAUCAAUGAAAUUCGACGACAAUAAUAUUAUGAAAGUUGGAACAUCUUCAAAAAAUAAUUCAGUUCAACCAUUUGAGGUAUUUGCAUAUGCUGAUGCUGAUGACGUGGAAUAUUUGAGAAAUGUUCAUGAAUUGGGAACUGCACAUAUUGAACGAUAUGCAAUCAGAGAAUCGAAUCCAAAAUUGCAGGAAGCUUCUGUAAGUAAUUGUCCUGUGCUCUUUACAAAAAAACGGAUAAAGUGUUCUAGGUUUCUGAUGAAAUUCGAAUUGUUCCCACAAGUUCAACUUUCGAAGUUUGGACUGUUGAAGGAUCCACAAAAAACAGUGAAAAACAACCAAAAGCUCGAAUGACUAUAAAAAGAAUAUUCAAGGAUAUUUCAAUCGAGGUAAGUUAUUUUUUAUUUUUAGAAAAAUGCUCAUUCAUAAUUUGUGUAGGAAUACGUAGUGUCACUUCUCCCAAAUAUUCCAUCACUCAAUCCGCCAAUUGCUAGAACACUCAAUUUUGACGAUACUUUAUAA